AUGUACUUCAGUCUCUCCGAGUACAUGUUGCCAUUCAAGCUAUAUGCUAAGUGUUAUAUCACAAGGAUAGUGAGCUUCUUGAGAGCUCACCUUAAGUCCCAUGAGUUGGACUGUAUUGAGUUUGUCGGUAAGGAUUUUGGUGUUGCCACAACAAUAAGAUAUGAUGAUGUCAAAGCAAAGCUUUUAUCGAUGAAGAAAGCUUCUCCAGAUAGAGUGAAGAUGGUGGUCCUCUACUUCUUGUGUAGCGUGCUCAUAGGGAAGGGGGUUUUGAGCACACAACAAUGGGUCUUUCCUAGUUUCGUCAUUCCGUUGGAGGUUCUUGCUUUUGAGGCAAUUCCUGUUCUGAAAGAAAAUUUCCGAGAAUGUGUUAGUAAUGCACAUGCACACUGUCAUUGUCCUCGGAUGUGCAAGAUGAAAUUUAAAGCAAGUAAAAUGAAAGGGUUUUCAAUGAACGAAAUUUUUGACAAACUUGGUACAACUAAGGAUAUUGAGAGUAUCUUUACUCCAUCAUCACGUGAGAAACGUCUUUUAGGUCGUAAAAUGGAUGAAGAGAGUCGCUAUAAUGAUGUAGAUGAUCCCGUUGUUGAUGGUUGGACCAAGUGUUUAAUUGAUGAAGAGAAGUCAAUAUGGUUUGAAGAGAUUUACAACCAAGAUUUGGCCACCCGGGAGACAAAUCAGGAUCCUGAAUAUGUGAUUUCGGGAGAUGUGAAUCUGGAAAAUCUAGGAGCUAGAUUGAUUCAGCUAGAAGAACAAGUGAAGCAAGGGUUUAAGGAAAUUAUUGAGAAUGUUGAUGGUCUGGAUAACAGAGUUAAAUCUGUGGAAUCUAAUGUGAAAUGGGCCUCAGGUGAAGAUCAAUAUUAUACGAAUGCAGGUGUUGGAGAUAUGAAUGGUGGUGGCAAUGGAGAUACGAAUGAAGGUGACAAGGAGCAAGCUGAGAUGGAGCAGGCUGAGAAGGAUAAGUUUGAGAAGGAGCAGGCCAAGAAGGAGCAGGCUGAGAGGGCUAAGACCGAGAAGGCUGAGAGGGCUAAGGCCAACAAGGCUGAGAGGGCUAAGUGGGCUAAGACCGAGAAGGCUGAGAGGGCUGAGAGGGCUAAGAUCGAGAAGGCUGAGAGGGCUAGGACCGAGAAGGUUGAGAGGGCUAAGGCCAAGAAGGCUAAGGCCGAGAAGGAUAAAGCUGAGAGGGCUAGGGCCGAGAAGGAUAAGGCUGACAAGGAGCAAGCUGAUAAGGCUAAGAGGGCUAAGGCUGAGAAGGAUAAGGCUGAAAAGGAGCAAGCUGAUAAGGCUGAGAGGGCUGACAAAGAGCAUGCUGAGAAGGAACAAACUGAGAAGGAAAAGGCUGAGAAAUCCGAGACCGAGAAGGAGAAGGUUGAUGAAGAGAAAGCACAACUUGGUACAACUGAUGAAGAGACAUAA